AUGUGUUUCCAUAAAGGAGAACAGAUGACAUCCCUUCAAGUUCAUCAGAUGGAUCAAAGUGAAGAAUGGAAAAGGCUGCAAAAACAAGGUGGUGGUGAAAAGGUUCAGAAGAAGCAGCACUUUCUUCCGAAAAGAAUUUUGCAGUUUGUUUUCUCAGUUUCUGCGUUCUCUUUCUUACUUUGGUACUCCUUUGGUUGUUCCAUACUCCCUCAUGAUGAAUCCAUCAGUGCCUUCUUCUCCACCUUCCUCUUCUCCAUCUCUUCCCACAUCUUCGAAAGAAAAUACAUGUUCCUCCUCUGUAAUGCAAUCCUCGCUUUUCUAGCCAAAACCUCACUUUACCUAUCAGAUUCUGACUUCGAUGAUCGCUCCCUUCAAUCUGCAAAUGCCAUAUCAGUUUCUCUGGAAGCUCCUUCUCUUAUGGCUGAUCAAGAACAAGAAAAGAAGCUAGACCAUUGUGAGGAAGAAGAACAAGUAUCAGAAGCAGAUGAUGAUGAAGAACAAAAAGAUGGAGAUCAUGAAAUUAUGGAAGCCUCUGCUGCUAAGGAGGAUGAAGAAGUGGGGACUACGGACGAUAGUACGGAGGUUAUGGUGGGGACGCAAGAUGGUGAAGCUGAAGAUGAUACUACGGUGGCAGAAACUGAGGAAUUAUCAAAUGCAGAUGAGUUGAACAGAAAGUUCGAAGAGUUCAUAAGGAAAAUGAAGGAAGAGAUCAGGAUUGAAGCUCAAAGGCCGCUAAUUGCAGUCUAG